AUGUUUCAACGUCUAGUUGCUUAAGCCAUUGGCAUUGACCAUUUUAACGUGUUUAUUUUGUUUAAUUUUAGUUUGCAAUUCCUGGAGUCUUUAGUGUCCUAGCCGGAUACAAAAAGCAGUCAAGUUUGGUAAGGAAUGCUUUCAUUCCGUAUGGCCGUAUGGGCUUAUAUCAGUUAUUAUAAAAAAACUCAAUAAUUCGUGAGGAUAUCAUAAGCGUGUCGUAUCAGUUUAUAUAUUUACUUCAAAAACUCAUUAAUAAUUCAUGAAUCUUGAGUAAGAAAUUAGUCACGUGCAUACGUCUUUAUAUCAGCUAAAGAACACUUUAACAAAAGACCAUUGUUAUGCAAACUAUAUAAAGAUUUUUAUAUAAAGAUUUUUAUAUAAAGAUUUUUAUAUAAAGAUUUGACUUAUUAUGCAUACGUUUUUGAAGCCAUUUAAAAAACUCGCAGGUCGUGUGUUACUAGGUCUAAAGCCACUCGCGCUGCGCGCUCGUGGCUUUAAACCUAAUAAAACACUCCUGCUCGUUUUUUAAAUAGUACAUAAACUUUAACUUUGAUUUUCUCGACUUACACAUGCAACGUAUGUUUUGAAAAUUACUUCGCGAAUGAACUGAUACUAGAUCGAUCGUUUUUGAAGCAAUUUAAAACAUUCGCAGUGCGUGUUUUAUCAGACCUAAAUCAGAUAAAACACUGCUGCUCAUGUUUUAAAUAGUACAUAACGUUAUAAAAUUAGUCUUUAGUUUAGGAGUUAAACAUUGCUGGGCUCAUAUACCGCAUUUUUUUUUAUAUCAAUAUAGUUGGCUGUUGCACUUGGUACCCAUGUCUUAGGAAUUAUUCUUGCGAUUGUUGGAAUGUAUUUGGGAGCUUGGUUUUGGGCUAUGCUGGAUUCAAAUUGUGCCGAUAGUUAUGGUUAUAAUUCUUCUAUCUUUGAUCCAAGUGCUAGUUGCUCCGACCUGAAAACUGUUCGCGAAGCUACUGGUGCAGUCACGAUAUUCUUUGCUCUUUUUGCUAUCGUCACUUUGGUGGGAUCAAUUUAUGGCUGCGUUGGAACUUGCUGUGCACGCCGGGUAAAUUAUGCUUGGUAUAUAGAUAUAUCUAUUUGAAGUAGUAUGUCAAAUCCGACUACGAGGACUGGACCAGAUUUCAAGUCCUCACAUUUUGAUGAAAUUGCGCGGACUUGAAAUCUAGUCCAGUCCGAAUUGAAAGAUUUGAAAUGACAUCUCAUACGAAUAAAUCACUACUUAAAGUCAGGAGAAUAAAUUUUGAUCCACCCAGUCGAAGAUUGAAUUUGAAUUGAAUUUUGAUAUCCAGUCCUAGGACUGGAUCAAUAUACUUCACCAUAUCCAGUAUUUCCAUGUGAGCAAAAUAAAGCAAUAUAUGGUUGGCUAAUUUACUCAGGAAUUAUUAAUGAUUUUGACCCCAACCGAUUGCCUUGCCUGGCUAUUUUAAUAUUUUUCUAUUACAGUGUUGUUAAUUUGACCAAGACUUCCUGGAUAAACUAACCAGCCUAUGUUAGGCUAGGUGGAUAAAUAACUAUAUAGGGGCAACAUAGUCUGGUUACUUAUUUACUUUAACAUGCCAGAACGUCGUGGUCAAAUAUAACCAGAUUCCUGGUUUCAUUAUAAGAAACAAAGUGAGAUAAAGUAACCAGGAAUUUGAACAAGAAAUAUUAAGUUAACCUAAAUGGCGUUAUUUCUUGGUUAACCUGGCAAUUUAACCUGAGUGAUUUUAAAUAGAAGAAAUAUGAUCCUUCACAAAAAUAACAUAUCUUUGUUCUUAAUAGGAACCUGCAACUAUUAUCGUCACAACAGGUCAACAACCAAAUACAAUAAUGAUUACCGCACAAGCACGCUCGUCUUCCAACCGGCAGCCACUACCAAAUACAGUGGUGAUGACCACACAAACAUACCCGGCCUACAGCCAAGUUAGCCAACAGCCACCACCUUAUGAUCCACCUGCUGGUCAAGGCCAAAUGGUCGUCGAUAGCAAAGCUUGUUGA